UCGGUAGGGAGAAGAAGGGUGGCAGGUUUGUGGCAGUUCGCCUGAGGGCAGAUCACAGGGGCAGCGCUGUGGACGCUCGAACUUCACGUCACUCACACAAACCUGUUGUCAACUCAACACUGAGUAACUACAGUGUGAGGUCGAGUCCCUGAAAACCAUCUGAAGGGAUUCGAGUGGACGUGUUUCCCUGGAUUCAGCCCGAGGCAGAGCAGCGGGCAGCAGCUUGAGUCUAUCCUGUGUGUGUGGAACGUGCUUUAGUAACACGGCCUUGUCUUACAUUAAAGCGAAGCGUCUCUGAGGACAGAAGUGAGAUCUGAAGAUGUCAUCCAAGAAAGUGAUCGAGUUGUUCUACGAUGUGGUCUCCCCAUACUCUUGGCUCGGCUUUGAGAUCAUGUGUCGCUACAGAACUGUGUGGAACGUGGAGUUGAAGCUGCGUCCUGCUUUCCUGGGCGGCGUCAUGCAGGGAUCAGACAAUAGGCCUCCUGGUAUGGUUCCAAAUAAAAUGGUAUACAUGAGCAACGAUCUGCAGCGCUUGUCUAAGUAUUUUGAGGUUCCCCUGAGACCUCCAUCAAACCCCGCUGAGGCCAUGUUCAUCAAAGGUUCCUUGUCUGCAAUGCGAUUCGUGACAGCAGUACAAAAGAGGGAAAAGGAUGGAGACAAACAGGUGGAGCAGGUUUCCCGGGAGCUGUGGAGACGAAUCUGGAAUCAGGACAAAGACAUCACUGAACCUGCGUCACUGUCUGAGGCAGCAAAGAAAGCAGGUCUGUCUGAUGAUGAUAUUAAAUCAGCGAUGGAGUCGUACAACACCAAGGAGAUUAAAGACAAGCUGAAAAGCACAACGCAGGAUGCACUUGACUAUGGGUCGUUCGGCUUCCCCAUGAUAGUGUGUCAUAUUGAUGGAAAACCAGAGAUGUAUUUUGGAUCUGACCGGUUUGAGCUCAUGGCCCACCGCCUCGGAGAGAAGUGGCUGGGACCUGUGCCUCACAAGGCCGCUGCCAAGCUGUGAGAUGGAAACUGUCUUCAAACAUGUGCUUGAAGAUUCUGGAAUCUAUCUGUCUUUAAUGAUGCCUUUAAACUUCAAAAUUCACAUUCUGUAAGCGGUGCCUUUUUAAGUGUUUCUCUCAUAUUUUGUUCACUAUUAACACACAAGGAUUGCUUAUUAUAUAAUAUUAUAUAUUAUAAAUGGUUACUAAUGCAGUGUGAAUAAGAUAUGUGUUGAAAUAUUUCAAAUUGUUUCUUGAAAUAGAGAAUUUCAAAUUGUUGACAAAUAUGAGCACUUACAAUAUCUUUACAACGACAUCAUAGACAUAGAAACCAUUUAUUGUAUGAAUUUUUCUUAUAAAGAAUAAAUAUGGUGAAUAAAAUUAAA